AUGAGGAAAAGUCAGAGCCAAGAUUCUGUUCCAUAUAAGGACUUUAGCUUGCGCUCUUUUCCUACUCUUAGACGGAGAGGAAGUCUUCUCAAGUCCCCGAAUCUUGGAAAUUUAAGGAGUUCAAAGUUUAAAACCUUAAACCUAAAAGAUCUUUGGGUCCGAAUUCUUAUCACUCAAAAAGUCAAGAAGAAUGAAAACUUUGUGGCAUUGGGUUUGAUUGGGUCUGUUUGGGUCAUUGAUUUAAUAAUUAAGGUGCUUUUAGCAUUUGCGAAGAAAUCAUUGGCCCUAUUUCCAGCUAAGUUUCAAAAGAGCAUGUGGAUAAAGCAAGGUAGUUUUGUUGUGGUUGAUGACAAUGGGAAGGUGAAGGCUCUUGAAUCUGGCAGCAAGGUGACAUGCAUUGUUUCUAAAGUUCUCUUCUAUGAACAAGUGUGUGCUGUUCGGAAGUCACCGAAAUGGGCAGAAGUCUUCAAAGAAACAGUUUUGGAUAAUUCUAAUGGAAGUCGAGAGGGAGAGACUUCGCAACAAGAAGAUAAUGAUCUUGAAUCGAGUUGUGAUGAGGACGAUGUACUACCUCCACUUGAAGCCAAUACAAACAGAAAUAGACCGUUUGAAUUGCACCAGGAAUCUGAUUCAGGUUCAGAAUCUGAUUCUUGACAAUUGCCUUGGUGCGCUUGAAUUAGAAUUAGUGAGAAGACAACAAUUUUAAUGUGUAUCUUUGAUUUCAGUGUUAAAAUUCUAAAACAGUAAUAUAAUCUCAAAAAAUUUAAUCAGAAAACAUGCUAAAUGCACCUUUUUUUUUUACUUUGGUCUACUGUCUGCCAUUUGAUUCUACUAUAUAUUCCAGCAACUCACA